AUGAAUUCGGCACACGAUGAUCGUAUUGCCUAUCAAUUUUAUACAAUAGAAAAACGAUUUCAAGAUAAAAUUAUUGCAUCAUUUUCUAAUUUUUUUACACCAACUUAUGCUAGUAUGAUUUUAAAAUUAUUAGAUGAAAAUGCUGGUGUUGCGUUACCAAAUUUUUCUAGUUUUCAUAUCAUUGAGACAUUAUAUAGAAAAGAACAACAUAAAUUAAAAGAACCAUGUCAUACCUUAUUAAAACAAUUAGCUGAAUAUUUAAAAAAUAUAUUAUUGUAUUUACUUGGUGGUGAUAAUACUUAUGAUUAUCAUUUUAUUGAUCGUUUUACACAUACAAUUAUAACAGAAAUAAAAUUAAUGGAAAAACAAUGUUUAAUUGAUAUUAACAAACAAUUAGAUAUUGAGCAAAGAAUAUUUACAUUAAAUCAUUAUUACAUGGAUACUGUUAAAUAA